UUGUUAAUUAACAAACGGACAACCUCAAUACUUCCUGCAGCAGCAUCUACCAUUCACCACAGCAACAAUGUCAAACCGACCUCUUAUCGCCGUCGUAACCGGCGCUAACCGAGGCAUCGGGCGCGCGAUCUGCAGCGCACUCAUGCGCAACCCGCCGGCGCCCAUGGUUUUGUACGCAGCAUCCCGCGCAGGGACAGCUCCGGACGUCGACAUCCCGACAAAAGACAGCAGCAACAGCAGCAUUGACGUCCGCCCCGUGAAGCUCUCCCUCAGCGACGCUGCGAGCAUCGCCGCGCUCAGCGCCGCCAUCCGCCGCGACCACGGCAGAUGCGACGUGCUGAUCAACAACGCGGGCGUCUUCUACUUCCGGAAAGACAUCAGCGCGGCCGAGCGCAAGGAGACGCUCGAUGUCAACUUUCGCGGGACGAUGAAGCUAUGCGAGGCCUUCAUCCCGCUCAUGCCGCCAGCCGGACGCAUCGUCAACGUGUCCUCCCAAGCCGGGCAAAUGAAGCACUUCCACGCGCGCCUGCACGCGCGCUUCCUAGCGCCCGACCUCACGCUCAGCGGGCUGAACGAGCUAGUGCAAGAAUACGACCAAGCGGCAGCGCGCGGCGACGCCCUCGAGCACGGCUGGCCCGCAAUGGCGUACUUUGCGAGCAAAGCGGCGGUGAACGCGGGGACGCGCAUCCUCGCGCGCGAGCACCCGCACCUGCUGGUCAACUGCUGCUGUCCCGGGUGGGUGGCGACGGGGAUGGGGGAGCAGGCGGGGGUGCCGCCCAAGACGGCGGACGAGGGCGCGCGGAUACCGCUGCGGUUGGGGUUUGGCGACGUUGGGGGCGUGAGUGGGCGGUAUUGGGCGAAUGAGUCUGUGGGCGGGAAGGGGGAGGGGAGCGUGCUGGAGUGGUAGAGGUAGGUGGGCGAGGCUGGCUGUGUAGGUCGUGCCUGAGAUGGAGGAUGG